AUGGCUCAACAUUUAAUGUACCCAACCCCGGGAAAUUCCACUAUCCUUCAUCGCCCAAGGGCACCCUCAGUACCUCGAGUGUAUAGCAAUCGCCAGCUCAUGCUAGGCACAUUAGAUUUUGAACAAUCUCGCCAACUCUACCAUGGAAUGCCAGCCCCUAUGGAUAGCCAAGGUCAUAUGAUGAAUCAGCCCAUGGGACGGCUGUCCUAUCCUCCCGCUUGCCAGUCUUUACCUUCGGUCCCCGUAUACCAAGAUUGGAACCACCCGGUUCCUGAAUCACUACGCCAUGAUCCUGGAUCGUAUAAUGCCCCGGAUAGCCCAGAGUACAUGGUAGAAAGGAACAGCCGCCGAGCUGCCGAUCACUCCAGAGGAAUUUCGCAAUAUAUCUCCCAGAGGCGCUCCGCAGCCCGGGGGGAUGAAUUUGAUGGCCCACAUCAAAUCCUGAAUCUACCUUCCCCUCGAGGUCUUCCAGUGCGAGAGGAUGAGCUGCCCCAGCUCCCUACUAAUUUAGAUGCCACAGAGCAAGACAGAAUCUUGCAUCAAGUCAAUGACCGCCUGUCUCAAUGCGCGUAUGACUUCUUCGCCAAAUAUCAGUUUCCUAUUCCACUGGAGCAAGACAAAAGGCCUGUCUCGCUUCCCUCAGAUCGUGAAUGGAAUGAAUGGGUUCAUCUUCUGAAGAGACUUGCCACCCGGCGCCGUAUCCCUCGGCACACUUUGCACAAUGGCCAGAUCAAGCAAUUGAUCACUGUGCUGGAAAACUCCCUGGAGAUGCGUCACGCUGCUAAGCACAGUUCCCGACCAGUCAAGGAUGAUCGUAACGUGCUUCAGCUCAUCUCUGCAGGAACCCAGGUUGCCAAGAUCCUCAAAGAUUCAAGCGCCAUGCAGUUCUUUGACCGUCUCUAUUUGGACACGGAGAAAAUGAUUAAUGACCGCCGCCGUCGAGUUAGAUUUGCAACGCCCUAG